UACCAUAACAUUUAAAUGGUGACAAGAUUUACUUUAGGGGUAUUUAUUUGUAUAUGGGUAAUCAUACGGAAAGCUGGUAGAAAAAGUAAAGUAUUAGUUCUAAUCCACUAUUGGUGUAAAAUUAGAAAGGAUUUCAAAAGGAUCAAUAAUUUUUGAUAAACACUUUGGAAUGUUGAUGAUCGUUCGAGAAAUUAUCAAUUAAAAAUGCUGACCAUAAAUUCUCUUAUUUCGGAUAUAUUUGGAUUAACAUGACACUUUGUUGUUAUUGAAUGGCUGAUAUGGGACAAAUUUAAUCUAUUAGACAGGUGCUUUCACAGUGAACAAUAUAAAGUGGAAAAAGCUUAUUGGAUUAAUUGAAGGAAUUCAGUUUGAUCAUCAAAUGACAUGUUAUUGAAGUCGACAAAAGACAAAAAAAUAUCACAAUAUUUUCCAAAGGAUGUGUUAACGUGAAAGGAAUAAAAAAAAAAUUAGUGGAUAUUUUUAACGCUCAAUUAGCACUGUCUACCAUCUUAAUGGUUUUAAAUAAAACAAUAUUUGGAAAUAUUUAAUUCAUAAGUGCAACAAGAUUUUUAUGCUUAUAAAUCAAUUCAAAAGUUGUUACUAUCAUUAAAAGAAUGAUUUAGCACAUUUUUUUUGUGCUAUAAUUAAGUGCUAAGAUUUUCCAAAUUUACAAACAGACUGAAAAAGGUGUUGAAGUGUACUUAUAUAAACUGAAGGAUUUUUUAACAUGUAAUAUAUCAAUUAUUUAGAUUUUGUUCUCAAAUUAUGCAUCUUACAAUGUGUACCUUGGCUGAUCCCAAGGUCAGUUCUUUGGACGACAACGAAAAUAUCAAAAUGAAAGGUGAUAACGAUGCCUUAAAUACACCACGCAAUUUACAACUGGACACGAUUAAUGAGGAUAAUAAUCAUAUUAAUGAUUCCAUCGAUUCUGAUGAUCUGGAUCUUGUGAAUGCUGAUGGUCGACAUUCGUCUACAACUUACGUAAUACAGAUGGACAACCGAUGUGAGGAUCUUGUGGACUUGGACGUUGACGAACGCGAGAGGUUAGCACGCGAGCACUGCGAUGUCGGGGAUGAGGAUGAUUUAAGUGAUGGUGAUGAGGAAUUAGAUUGUUACACGUCGCACAUUCCUCUUGAUCCUGAAAAUGAAAUGCUCGGAGAAAGUCCGUACAGUAACGAACACUUUGGAGCCCCCGUUCCGACACCCAUUCAACUGGGAAUAAAAGACAUUUUACGAGAAGACCAAGAACAGUUGCAUGACAUUGCUCAAAAAAAAUAUCCUGUUCUUCCGUCAAUUGGAAAGGCAUUGGAAGAAAGUAAACCGGAAGAAGAUGAGGAGGAAGAUGAAGAGGACCCAACAUUAAAUCAACUUGAUUAUACGAGAGAAAAAAUGGAAACAGAGGCAGACUUCUUUGCAGACUAUCGAGUCAAUACAAGUGUUGUCAAACCAACACCAAGAAAUGUGCCACUACCACCGAUUGGUCAAACAUUUACUCCGAGAACACCAUCUCAAUAAUGACUGCCAAUACCACUGAUCGGUCAAACAUUUACUCCAUGAACAUCAUCUCAAUAACUAUUGGAAUAUGUGAAGGAUCUCACUUUUCUAUGUAUAAAAAUAAGGAUAUUGGAAUAAGUAUUAUCAUUAUGUUAUAGUUAAAUAAAGACGAAAAAAAGCCAAAAAAUGAACUGUAUAUUUUUUUGAUGGAUACAUCAUUUCAAUAUAUUGUGAUACAUAUUUUAAGCUUAGUUCUACUAAGACAAGAACUUCAUUAUUCAUUGUAUAAUUUACAUUAAAAAGUUAUAUAUAUAUGGCUA